UCGGUUUGAAUCGGUGUAGUUUGUGUUUCGCUACCUCGCGACAGUUUGGCAUGUAUUAAUCGCAACGAUUUUAAUAAAAUCACGAAAUUUUCAAGAAAACAAUCGAUCGAUCGUACAAAUGGAAUGUGAUCCGGCAUACGUGUAACCCCGUGGGAACCGUGAAAAAAAUUCAUCCGUGUGUUGAUGUCGAUGAAAUGCGCGUCGCUGCCAAUCUAGACGCGUAGUUCGCUGCGAUCCAUCGCGUUUGUUUAGCUGUUCGCAUUAACGGCCGAGCCAUCCUCUCAGUCGAGUUAUUCUUGCAAAAAAGUCGCGUUUUACGUCGAAAUCACCGUCGCUCUCGCUUCCGCCGUCGAUUGUAACGAAAUUGGAAUCAUGUCCGACAAGUUGGCCGAAACCACAGAGGAUGACAAUUCCGUCACGAUGCUCGAUGUCCUCCAAGUGGAAAAUCAGCUCGAGGAGGAUGCGUACGCCGUUCUGGGCGCUUCCGACGAUCAAAACUGUACUUACAACAAGGGAUACAUAAGGCAGGCUUUGUAUGCAUGCAAAACAUGUUCAAGCAAAACUCGAGCUGCGGUUUGCUUAGCGUGCAGUUUUCAUUGCCAUGAGGGUCACGAACUUGUGGAAUUGUAUACAAAACGACACUUCAGAUGCGACUGUGGAAACUCCAAGUUUGAGGGCAAACAGUGUAAUCUAGAGAAGCAAAAAUCUGCUACCAAUAAUGAGAACAAGUACAAUCAGAAUUUUGAUGGGGUUUACUGCACUUGUGCACGACCAUAUCCUGAUCCUGAAGGCGAUGACGAUGAAAUGUUACAGUGUAUAAUAUGUGAAGAUUGGUAUCAUUCAAAGCAUCUGGAAGUUGAUGAUGUGCCAGCUGAGGGUGCAUAUGAUGAAAUGAUUUGUGCACAUUGCAUGAAAGAGCACACUUUUCUGUGGAGAUAUGCAGCAAAAAAUGCAGUUUCAGGCAAAUCAGAAGCAACAGCUGACAACAAAACUGAAGAGGUGGAUGUGUGCGAGCUGCCGAAAGGAUGUCAGAUGCCGAAACUUACCCCUGGGAGUACCAAGGGAAGCUGUUUCUGGAAAGAAGGUUGGAGAACUUCAUUGUGUACUUGCGACGAAUGCAAAUCGGUAUAUAAUACAAAAGAUGUUGCAUUUCUACUUGAUCCAAAGGAUAGUGUGCAAGCUUAUGAGGAAGCAGGCAAAGUGAAUAAAAAGGAGUCGCAAUACGAGAAAGGUAUGAAAGCUCUGGCGAGUUUGGAGCAUGUGCAACAGUUAACGGCAAUCGAAGAAUAUAACAACAUGAAGGAGCGACUUAUGCAAUAUUUACAAAAGUUUGCGGAAAACAAAAAGGUCGUACGCGAAGAAGACAUCAAAGAGUUCUUCUCAGGAAUGGAACCGAGAAAGCGUCCUAGAGUAGUAGUGCCAACGUAUUGUCGUUAAAAUCUGUAUUUUAAUAUCACAUUAAUAUCCCUCUUGCUACCUAAUAACUAUACAAGUAAGGAUAAGCACUUGUGUUUUUAUAUAUAUAUGGCAAGCUAUCAUACAUUAUAUAUUCUUUAGAUUUCUCUGUCUAACUUUUAAUAUAUAUAUAUAUAUAUAUAUCACUGCAUUACGCUUGCAGUAUUUUAACAACAAUUUAAUAAUUAUACGUAAUUAAAAGGGUAGAAUUACAAGAGAAAAAUAUAAUGAGAAUGUAAAUUUGCAACUCUCUAGUACAUGUCAAGGAAGCUUACAAAUAAAGAGAUCCAUAAUUUUUCUUUUGCAAUCUUUAUGUAUAUAAUAUUAACUUUUAUAUUCUAUGUAAUUUUAUAAAUAUAUUUUAUUAAUGGAUAUAUAAUUACGGUACGUUUUUUUCAAUAAAUUUCGGAAUAUGGUACGUUUUUUUUAAUAAAUUUCGGAAUAUGGUACGUUUUUUUUAAUAAAUUUCGGAAUGUACAAGUAUCCAAUAGAUAUAUGAUCUGUUUUUCCGAUAAUCGUUAAAAAUAAAUUAUACAAUUACA